AUGGACCAGUACGAUUGUUUGAAUAAAGCUCAACUGAGCUUUGAAUAUCUACAUACCAAUUCAACAACUCACACGUUUCUUUUUGGAGCAUUAGCUGAGCUCAUUGAUAAUUCACGUGAUGCUGGCGCCAAAAAUCUCGAUAUCUACACACACAAGGAUCCAUCUCUACGCGGUGGAUUUUAUCUAGGCUUUUUGGAUGAUGGAUGCGGAAUGCAUUAUGACGAUGUUUUUAACAUCAUUGUGUUCGGUAAAUCAGCGAAACGUCAUGCGCUCGAUUCGAAUCAAAUCGGCCAGUAUGGUAAUGGUUUAAAGUCCGGUGCUAUGCGAAUUGCUAAUGAUUUUAUCCUGUUCACAAAGAAAGAUAACAUUGGUACAUGUUUGUUUCUUUCACGUUCGUUCCAUCAAGAGGAACAUAUCUCUCAAGUUAUAUGUCCAAUACCUUGCUUUGAUCUACGAACGAAACAACCUAUUGAGAAUACUGAGCAACAUCAAUUGAACGGCACCCGAACGUAUACAUUCGAUAAAGCUAAGCAUGAACUCGAAAUGCAUUUAAUUAUGAAAUAUUCGCCAUUUAAAACGAUGGACGAUCUAUUCAAACAGUUUAGUCUGAUAACAACAGCAAGUGGUACUCUAAUUGUUCUGUAUAAUAUGAAAUUAUCUGAUACUGGUGAACCUGAACUUGAUAUUAAAACUGAUCCCAAUGACAUUCUAAUUGAUUCACGAAAUCGACAGAACAUAUUUGAUGACGAUGAUGACAACACUCCAUCAGAGUAUCGUUCUUUGCGGGCGUAUACUUCCAUACUUUAUUAUGAGCCACGUAUGCGCAUAACCAUUCAACGACGACGUGUGAUAACAAAACGAUUGACGUAUACACUAUAUAAACCUCGACAAUAUCAGUUUAAAUCUACACGUUUCAAGACACGUUCGGAACAAGAACUGAAGAAGUGUGAAAGAGAGCUCGAGUCAUUGGAAGAACGUAAACGGGAAGCGGAUUCGCAAGUUCAUCACUUUCAGCAAACGAUCGGAGCGACAACAUCUGUCGAAGAACGAGCACGUUUACGAAAAUUACUGAUCACCGCAGCGGAAUUGAAAGAUAUGACCACGCGAUUACGAAAUGGAUUGACAAGGAAAAAGUCAGAAAUGAAAACAACGAAAACUCUGACGUUUAUUUUUGGUUUGAAUAUUCACAAUCGAGGUGCUGAUGGAGUGUUUGUUUAUAACUGUGGACGACUGAUUAAAAUGUAUGAAAAAAUUGGUCAACCAAAUAAGAAGACGGUGUACUGUCGUGGCGUUGUCGGAAUUGUUGAUAUACCAUCGAUUGUACUCGAGCCAACGCACAAUAAGCAAUCUUUCGCUGACGAAAAAGAAUAUCAUUUCCUCUUGAAAAACAUGGGUGAUUAUAUGAAACAGUAUUGGUCGGAUGCUGGAAUUGAAAAUUAUGUCAAGGAAUUUUGGGAAACCUAUGGUUAUCGAGAUGAUCAACUUGAUCGACCACCGUCCAAUGAGCCUGAAGCCGUUAAGCGACGUCAAGCGGCCAUCCCAAUGCUUAUUCAAUGUGAUAAAUGUCUAAAAUGGCGUCGAUUGCCCUACGCAGGAAAUGCCACCGCUUUAACGCAAGCUCAAUUGGAAGUAUGGCGCUGUUCAGAUAAUACAGAUGUUAUGAACCAAAACUGCUCAGCAAGUGAAAAACUCGAUACUAUACCGGAAGGCGAAUUGAAGCAGAAACCGCCGGUGACAAACGUGCAGAAUCGAACAUCAUCGAAAGCAGUUUCACCACCACCGCCACCACGAGCUUCGUCAUCUUCGUCGCUGACUACUCGAUCGGCCGUAGCAAACAAGCGCAUUUCUAAUGGCGAAAUCUCGUCAACUACUGCUACAACUACUUCGAAACCGGUAACAAUUACUCCUCAGAAACGUUCGAUACCACCGUCGCGUUCACUGUCGGCAAAAGCCAAAUCACCUAAGAAACGUAAACGACCUGCAUCUCAACAAUCGAAAAAAUCGAGAGUAAAAUCCAAAACAUCUAAAGCUGUCAGCGAUGACGACGAGGAAGAAGAUGAAGAAGAAGACGAUGAAGAAGAGGAGGAAGAGGAGGAGGAGAAGAAAGAAAACGAAGAAGAAGAAGAAAUUCCAUCAUCUGUAAGCAAACGUACGCGUGAACAAGCAGCUUCAAAAACCGUAACAAAUGCUAAAAAACCAACACCACCAUCGCCAGCGCCGACAUCUACUCGAGCAUCACGCUCAUCGGAACCAGCCAGACAGCCAACAGCUUCGUCAGAUUCUGUUUCAUCGACAAACAACGUUCGUACAUUGAGCACUGAUCAUGAUAGUAACGAAAGACAUGAGAUUACGGAUGCAAAUGCCAACAGUCGUCUUUCACCGCCGACAAUUGGUGCGCGCGUCAUGGCUAUGUAUCAAGGUGCUCGUCGUCCUGGAACAGUUUUAACAGUCAACGAUAAACGCGGUCUUUUCAAAAUGCGGUUUGAUGAAUUUCCCACAGCAGAAUUUGAUUAUUCGUUUAAUUAUAAAUCAUCAGCUUGGUCGUACAUCCCUACGGCUUCUUCAUCAUCAAUAACUGAGAUAACGACAAAUACUACAACUGAAGAUGAACCUCUUUUUACUAUUGCAAGAAAAUUCAAAGCUUUGAUUAAAUUUAUGCUACCACCAGAUUGGGAAUUAACACGCGAGCAAAUCACAACUAUGUCUUAUGAUGAACUUAGUCAAUUUGAUGUCGAAGUCUUUAUGCAAUCUUAUCGAGAGAAAAUGACGCGAAUCGUGGAACAACGCAAAGCCGAUGAAGCACGAUGGCGAACGUCAGCUCAGCGCAUUCAAGCUGAAGUCACUGGGUUACUCAAUUUAAGUGGAAUGCCUAUUCCCGUUGAUUGUUCAAUGGAUGAUUUUGAAAAUCGUAUUCAGAGUUACGUCCGACAGGCUGAAAAACAAUCGAAUACAUCGUCUUGA